AUGGUAAGACCGGGUUCCGGGGAACCCUGGGGGCUUGUCUGCUGGCAGGGUCCGGGCCUGAGUGCAGCACUGACCCCCCUCAACUCUUUCCAGGACAAGCUCAGCCGAAGCAAGCUCCCGGAGGAGGAAGAGGAGGAAGAUGAAGAAGAGAAUAAAUAUGAAAUGCCCCCCUCUGAGGCUCUGCUCCCCAAUCUAGCCCUCGCCCACCUUCAGGGCUCUGAGGAGGACUCCGUGUACUUGGAUCACUCUAGGCCCCUGAGUCCAUCCAAGUCAGCCCCAGCACAGCCCCUGCCCGCAGUGGGGGUCCAGCUCCCGCCACACUGCCCGGCCCCAGACUACGUGAGGCAGGCGGCAGAGAGCCUGCAGGAGGGCGUGAAGCAAGGGCAGCCCUUUGAGAGACAAGGGAUGGGGGCGCCACCCAAAGCGGAGCCAGAGCCUCCCGAGAGCCCCAAAGAGGAUAACAUCUACCUGGAGUGCUCGGUCAGCCCAGUCCCGGCCCUGACUCGGACCCUGAGCGUCCAGCAACUCACGCCCCCGACCCCGAGGCCAAGGACUUCAGGGGUGUCCAGGCCCGCAGCUGCGCCCCAGGAGGCUGGGAAUGACUGCGGUCUGCUGGGCCACCAGCCAUGGUUCUCAGGGAACCUGGACCGUCAAGCUGUGGAGACAGCCCUGCUCCAAUUUGGAAAGGAUGGUGCCUACACCGUGCGCCCCAGCUCAGACCCCCAGAGCUUGCAGCCCUUCACCCUGGCUGUCCUGCUCCAUGGCCACGUCUUCAACAUCCCCAUUAGGCGGCUGCACGGGGGCCGCCACUAUGUCCUGGGCCGCAAGAACCAGAAGGAGCUCUUCCCCUCCGUGGGCGCCAUGGUCCAGCACUACACGCAGCACCCGCUGCCCCUGGUGGACAGACACAGCGGCAGCUGCCAGCUCACCUGCCUGCGCUUCCCCAUCGGCUCCUGA